UGCUCGAUUUGCUGUCUUCUCUCGGAUACAGCUCACUUCUCUCCUCAGCUCACUCCUCACUGUAUCUGUUUUCCCUCUCCAUCACAACUCAAGAACUCCCUGAGAAUGACUCCUCCAGAUACCUCCAUCCACAGAUGCCCGUCUCAAAGCUCAUGGCUGCCCAGGAAGACUCAACACUCUUGGGCUUCCCUCCUGCGGAUCUGUCCUCUCUAAAGUGGAUCCACAUCAGAACUGCAGCUCACUCUGGUCACUUUUAAGGCAAGUCCAUUCAGACCUUGACUAUAAGUCUACAAGCACAAAACAAGAACAAGACCUUCAAAAGUGAGGCUUCCAGAGGACGCAAAGACACAUAUUAUAAGAUGGAGCAAGAGAUAUCAAAAGUACAGCGUAAGAUGUCUGACUUGGAGUCAGUUCUCCAGCAGAAGGACGUAGAACUCAAAGCGUCAGAAACCCAGCGGACCAUCUUAGAACAAGACCUGGCCACCUACAUCACAGAGUGCAGCAGUUUGAAGCGCAGUUUAGAGCAGGCCCGUAUGGAGGUGUCGCAGGAAGAUGAUAAAGCUCUUCAGCUCUUGCAUGACAUACGUGAACAGAGCAACAAGCUGCAGGAAAUCAAGGAACAGGAGUACCACGCUCAGCUGGAGGAAAUGCGGGUGUCUAUUCGUCAACUGGAGGAGAAUCUCUCUGCCGCUCGCCGCCGUAGUGACCUGUAUGAAUCGGAGCUGAAAGAGUCCCGUCAGACCAGCGAGGAUCUCAAGAGGAAAGCUGCAGAAUAUCAACAGAAGAUUCAGAAGGCUAAAGAACAGGGCAAAGCUGAGAUGGAAGAACUUCUGAUCAAACUACAGAAGACCAAUGCAGAACAACAAUCAAAGAUUGAAGAACUUCAAGAGAAUCUUACCAAGGCUGUGACAUCGAGUUCAGAAGCCUCUGAACUGCUGCAGAAUCUUCGUCAUUCUAAAGAACGUUUGGAGCGAGACCUGGAGCGUCUACAGACCAAAGAGGACUCCACCGACAGUCUGCGUAGACGCUUACGAGAAACUGAGGAUGGAAAGACGACCCUGGAGAAUCAGGUGAAGAGGCUGGAGUUGGUGGAACGGAGAGAAACUAAACUAAAAGAAGACAUCCAGACUAAGUCACAGCAGAUCCAACAGAUGGCCGACAAAAUCAUGGAACUAGAAGAGAACUUGCGUGACACGCAGGCCACGGCGCAGCGUAUGGAAACACACCUGGAACAGAAAAAGCAGCUUUAUGAAGACAAGAUCAAGGUUUUAGAGACUCAGAUGAAGGUCGAUAUGGCUGAAAAGGAGCUACUGGAGUCCAAACAGAACACGUAUGAGGAGGAGUCCCGGCAGAGGGGCAAAGUGAUCAGUGACCAGACCGCGACCAUCAAUGCCAUGGAGUCCAAGAUGACCAGUCUGGAGCAGAGAAUCGCUGAGCUUUCUGAGGCCAACAAACUGGCAGCUAACAGCAGCCUUUACACGCAGAAAAACAUGAAAGCUCAAGAGGAGAUGAUAUCUGAACUGAGGCAGCAGAAGUUUUAUCUGGAGUCUCAGGCCGGUAAACUGGAGGCCCAGAAUGCAAAGCUGGAGGAACAUCUGGAGAAGUUGACACAGCAGGAACAGACCAACAAGAGUAGAGUGAUGGAACUGGAGGCCAGACUUCGAGAGAUCGGUCUGGAACAUGAAGAACAGAAGCUGGAGAUCAAGCGUCAGGUGUCGGAGCUCACGCUGUCACUGCAGGAGAGAGAAGCUCAGAUCAGCAGUCUGCAGGCGGCACGACACGCCCUAGAGAGUCAACUACAGCAGGCCAAAACUGAGCUGGAGGAGACGACCGCCGAGGCCGAGGAGGAGAUUACUGUCCUACGGGCCCAUCGGGAUGAAAUUCAGCGCAAGUUUGAUGCCCUGCGAGACAGCUGUGCGGUGAUCACAGAUCUAGAGGAGCAGUUGACGCAGCUGACCCAGGAGAAUAGCGAGUUGAACCGGCAGAACUUCUACCUGUCUAAACAACUGGACGAGGCCACGGAUGAGAACGAGGAGCGACUGCAACUCAAACAGGACGUGGAUCGUCUGCGCAGAGAGGUGGCCGACCGAGAGAUGCACCUCAACAACCAGAAACAGAACAUUGAAACACUGAAGACGACGUGUACAAUGCUGGAGGAGCAGGUGCUAGAGCUGGAGACACUGAAUGAUGAGCUGCUGGAGAAAGAGAGACAGUGGGAGAGUUGGAGAUCUUCUUUGGACGAGGAGAAAAACCAGGCAGAGAGAAGAGCUCGAGACAUACAGAGACAACUGGACAGUGAAAAACAGAACAGACUCUGUGCAGAGCAACGUAAUUCUGAAUCUCGUCAAGCAGUUGAACUGGCAGUGAAAGAACACAAAGCUGAGAUUCUGGUGCUUCAACAGGCCCUGAAAGACCAGAAACUCAAAGCGGAGGGCCUCUCUGAUACUAUGAGUGAUCUGGAGAAGAAACAUGCUAUGCUGGAAAUGAAUGCUCGCAGUCUGCAACAGAAGCUAGAGACAGAGAGGGAAAUAAAACAAAGACUCAUGGACGAGCAAGCAAAACUACAGCAGCAAAUGGACCUUCAGAAGAGUCACAUCUUCAGACUGACACAAGGACUUCAGGACGCACUGGACCAGACUGAUCUUCUGAAGACAGAGAGAACCGACCUGGAGUACCAGCUAGAAAACAUACAGGCGGCAUACUCUCAUGAGAAAGUCAAGAUGGAGGGGACCAUCACGCAGCAGACGAAGCUCAUCGACUUCCUGCAGGCCAAGGUAGAGCACCCCUCUAAGAGGAAAAAGGGUAUCUUCAGCGGGCGACGGCGUGAGGAUAUUCUGGCAGCACUGGCAGCUCAGGGUCAGACGCAUGUGCCCACUGUACCCGCUGUGACCCCGGUGCCCCUGCAGUACAGUGACCUGAAGGCAGCGCUGGAGAAGGAGAGAGCCCGGAGCUCAGAGCUUGAAGAUGUCCUGCAGAAAACACGCUUGGAGCUCAGAGAGGCAGUUCAGUUUAAUAAAGCUCUGGAGCACAGUGGAACUCCAUCCACUCCAGGUCUGGCCCGUCAGCAGCUCAUGAUGUCCACCAAAUCCAACAAAUCACCCGAACGUCAGCCCAGCCUCAUGGCCUCCAGCUCUGGCCGCAGGAAGGACGCUGGCAAUCCGGAAGAAAUAAGGAGAGUCACUUCUGAAAAAUAUGCCAGACGUGUGAAGGACAGAAUCCAUCACAACACUCCUCACCGCUUCACGCAAGGGCUCAACAUGCGAGCGGCACGCUGCACCGUCUGUCUGGAUACAGUUCAUUUUGGACGGCAGGCUGCUACCUGCAUUGAAUGUCACGCUUUGUGCCACCCAAAAUGCUCGCCCUACUUGCCAGCCACCUGCGGCGUGCCCACCGAGUACGCCCUGCACCUGUCUGACGCACUGUGCAGGGAGAAGGGCAGCACCUCCGGUCUGAAAGACACUGGUGGACACAUGAGACUAGAGGGAUGGCUCAAACAGCCCAGAAACGGCAAGCGAGGUCAGGGCUGGGAGAGGAAGUACGUGGUUCUGGACGGAUAUAAAGUCAUCACAUACGAGACAGAACCAAGAGACGAGUCAGUGAAGCCACUGGAUGAGUUUGAGUUAUGUCUGUCUGAUGGAGAGGUGACGGUUCACUCGUCUGUUGGUACAUCUGAGGUGCCAAACACAGCCAAAUCAGAUGUGCAGUACGUGCUGAAGUUGGAGUCGUCUCCACAGUCCACAUGCUGGCCCGGUCAGACUCUGUACCUCAUGACCUCCGGCUUCUCAGAGAAGCAGCGCUGGGUGGCUGUCCUGGAAGCUAUCGUGGCGAGCAGUCGCGGCGCGAGAGAGAAAGCCGAAGCUGAUGCACUUUCUCCAUUACUUCAGAAACUGUUGGGUAACUCUUUACUCAAGCUGGAGGGUGAUGACAGGUUGGAUAUUAACUGCACUCUACCACUGACUGAUCAGAUCGUGUUGGUGGGCUCUGAAGAGGGUCUCUAUGCCCUGAACGUGAUCAAGAACUCCCUCGCUCACAUUCCGGGUCUGGGAUCCGUGUUCCAAAUCCACAUCAUCAAAGAACACGACAAGCUGCUAAUGAUCGUGGGAGAUGAACGGGCAUUGUGUUUGGUGGAGAUUAAGAAGGUGAAACAGUCUUUGUCUCAGUCUCACCUCCCCACACUGCCUGAGAUUGUGCCGUAUAUCUUUGAGACAGUGAAGGGCUGUCAUCUGUUUGCCGCAGGCAGGAUAGAAAAUGGUCCGUGCAUUUGUGCAGCAAUGCCAAAUAAAGUCACAAUUUUACGUUACAAUGACAACCUCAACAAAUUCUGCAUCCGUAAGGAGAUUGAAACACUGGAGCCGUGCAGCUGUAUUCACUUCACAAGCUACAGCAUCAUCAUCGGUACCAAUAAAUUCUAUGAAAUUGAGAUGAAGCAGUGCGUUCUGGAUGAGUUUCUAGACAAGAAUGACGUGUCGCUGGCGUCGGCGGUGUUCACUGGAUCCUCUCACUGUUUCCCAAUCGCCAUCGUCCAGGUGUCCAGCACUCCACAGAAGGAGGAAUAUCUGCUCUGCUUCCACGAGAAUGGAGUGUUUGUGAACGGUUAUGGUCACAGAAGUCGUCCGGAUGAUAUCAAGUGGAGUCGACUUCCUCUUACGUUUGCGUUCAGAGAGCCAUAUCUGUUUGUCACUUACUUUAAUUCGCUGGAUGUUAUUGAGAUUCAGGGACACGCAGCUCUUGGGCCUCCCGGUCUCGUACACCUGGACAUUCCUAACCCACGGUACUUGGGUCCGGCUAUCUCCUCCGGUGCCAUCUACCUGGCCUCCUCGUACCAGAACAAACUGCGGGUGAUCUGCUGUAAGGGCAGUCUGGUGCGAGAGUCUGGAGAACUUCAGAGGACCGGUUCUAGCAGGAGCCCAAACAAGCGUGGGCCCCCCACAUAUAACGAGCACAUCUCCAAGCGCCUGGCUUCAGGUCCCGGGGCCCAGGAGAGCCAGCUGCACCGUGAGCCCAGCACCCCUCACCGUUACCGCGAGGGGCGUACGGAGUUCCGGAGGGACAAAUCUCCUGCCAGGCCUCUGGACCGCGAGAAAUCGCCGGGCCGCGCUGUGCUAGACAGCCGCAGAGAGCGGUCACCCGGGCGCUUCGAGAGCAGUGGCAGCGAGAGAGACCGGGAGCGCUCGCGCCUUCACACUAGCUCCGUACGCACUCAACUGACGCCCGUCAACAAGGUUUGGGACCAGUCUUCGGUCUGAGAACGUUCCGGAGAGAUGACGUAAAGAGCCAUCGUCCACUCCCUGCAUGGAUGGACAUGCCAUUUUAACAGGCGCUUCAUAUAACACUGAACUAUCAUCUCAUGCCUGUAACCGUGAAAAGAGCCAUGUUAUUUCUCUUGCAGCCAUAAUAUUAUAUAAUACUUGAGUCUGGGAUAUUUUGCUAACAUUGUUAACUUGCUGUUACCAUUUACAAAGGUCCACUGUAAACAAACUCAAGAGCAAUUUGGAGAAAGAUUCAGAGGCUUGAUAUAAGGGAAGUUCUAUCAACAGCAUUUAUGGCAUAAUGCACAUUACCACAGAAAAUAAUCUUGACUCGCCCCUCAUAAAAAAAGCAAUAAUUGUGGCUCAAGCAAGGCCAUAAACAUAAUAAAUGAUUAAUAUUAAACAAACGCAAUUAUCUACGAUUCUCUUAAAAUUGUGUCUUGGAUGUUUUUGAAGUCUCUGCCAUUGCUUUCCUGUGCUGAGCUCCCAAAAGCACAUAAAGGCAGCAUAAAAGUCUCCGGUAGUUUAAUCCAUGUCUUCUGAAGGGAUAUAAUAGGUGUGGGUGAGAAACUGCUCAAUAUUUAAGUCCUUUUUUUACAAUAAAUUCUCCUCCCUGCCCACUAGGUGGCGAUAUGCGUGAAUAAUGUGAAUCGUCAAAACCAAAAGCAGCUUGAGAUAGUCAAAGUGGAGAUUUAUAGUCAAAAAGGACAAAAGAAAUGUUUCUUAAAAGGUGCUGUAAGCGCCUUUUUGUUCCAAAGCUUUCACGUGAGCAAUUAGCCACGCCCACUCAUUCCAAAACCACGCCCACCACAGAUAAUUCUGAGACCAAUAUCGAGCAAAAGAGCAGCAUUGUUUGUUUCAUCUCCACUUUCACUAUCUCAAGCUGCUUUUGGUCUUCACGCAUAUCGCCACCUAGUGGGCAGGGAGGAGAAUUUAUAUUUAUAUUUAUGCAUUUGGCAGAUGCUUUUAUCCAAAGCGAUUUACAGAGCCCUUAUUACAGGGACAAUCCCCCCGGAGCAACCUGGAGUUAAGUGCCUUGCUCAAGGACACAAUGGUGGUGGCUGUGGGGAUCGAACCAGUGAUCUUCUGAUUACCAGUUUACCAGUUAUGUGGUUUAGACCACUACACCACCACCAUGUGCUUUUGGGAGCUUUGAAAUGUUGGUACCCCUUGACCUGCAUUGUCAAGAAUCAUUGACAUGAAUCAUAGCCUCAAUGAGCCACUUCAAAUUCAACUCUGUAUGAGAAUCAGCAAAAUGAUUGACAGGUGAAAAGAAUCAAUGUCGCGGUUCACAAACACAUUUUUGUUUGCUGUUUACAAAGCCUACAGCGGUCACAGAGACCGGUGAGAUAUCUCAGGAACUUAUUUCAUUAAUAUCUCAAGGGAGUUUAUUAAAAUAAUGAAUAAUGUAAUUAAUAAUAAUUGAAAUAAUAAGAAUGUGACAUCCAGAAUGGGCAAUUAGGCAAAGAAAUGUGUGAUGCAGCAGUUUCCUUCAGGAUCAAAACGCACUUUUCAUUUUUUUUGGUGUAGUUCCAAAAUGUGAUAAGCCCCUUUUACCUUUGGAUUUAUGAAAAAAUUAUAUGAACAAAAUUAACGGGUUAUAACCGGUUAGCACAUUUUAAAAUAAGGUUUCACUCCGGAACAAUUGAAUAAUUUUGUUUGUUUUCGUUCUUGAACAGUUUUUAGUCCCUGUGUUUGAUGCUUCUCUUCACUGCAGAUAUAAGGAACUACCUUAAUUUCUUUCAAGAUCAAAAAUGUCUUUGUUUUUGCAAACUUUUAAGGGUAGUGUACAAAAGCAGAUGAUAGUUAAAAAAAAUCCCAGUGACAUCUUUAAAAUUAUGUCAUGUUUCAAAAUAACCAAAGUCCCUAUCAAGGCAAGUCAGUCCACUAGGCGGUCAUCUUUGGAACGCUCCUGGGCAGCUAUUUUCCAUGAAUACAAGCAGCAUAAAAGUGGGGGAAAGACUGAAGUCUUCAAAACGAUUGGUCAAGAUCAUGAUUAAAGAUCUUGACCAACAGAUCUUGAACAUAUUUCAUAUUUCAAUUCAGUAUUAAAAUCUGACAACGCUGGUAUUUUGUGCUUCUUUACCUCAGAUUACGAUACAAAAAAAACACACAAUUUGCCC